AUGAAUAUAUCAGAUGUUCAAUUUACUAGAUAUGCAAAUGGUUAUUUUAAUAUUAAGAUUCAGGUAUUUCUCCGAGAUCCGCGGGACGAAAAUGUAGUCCCUGUUGUUGAAGAACUCAAAAGGCGAUUGGCUCACUACUCAACCUUGCAAUUUCAAGCAUUGGAGGUAGCCCUAGAAGCCAUUUGUAGUUAUCUCGCUGCACGUACAACAGAACUGGAAAUGGUUACAUAUCUGUCGUUGGAAAAGCUUACGAACAAGAUCAGUAGCGUGAAUUUGGAUUGUGUUCAAAAACUGAAGUGCACUACUUCUACAUUAACGGCUAAGGUUCAUAAAGUGAGAGAUGAGCUUGAACGUCUAUUGGACGAUGACCAAGAUAUGGCUGACCUGUGCUUGUCAAGAAAGCUGCUUUCGCCAGUUAGUAUAUCAGGUGCUGCUAAUAAGGCUUCUAUCUCCCCAACCUCAGGAUCCAAGAUCUCAAGUUUAUCAACAAUUCACGGUGAAGAAAAUGAUGUGAAGGAGCUUGAAAUGUUAUUGGAGGCUUAUUUCGUGCAAAUUGACCGGACACUGGAAAAAUUAAUCAAUAUGAAGGAGUACAUUGACGGAACAGAAGAUUAUAUUAAUAUACAGAUUGACAGUCGUCGAAAUAAGCUGAUUAAGUGGGAGCUCGUCCUUAGCUCAGGAAAUCUUUGUUUAGCUAUCUUUGCGUUGAUGACCAAUGAUAUAUUUGGCUUGAGUUUUCCGUACAAUUGGAAUAAGAACCAUGGUUUCAUGUUCAAAUGGGUAAUAAUUGUCACAGCAAUAUGCACUGCAUCUCUGUUUCUCACAAUUAUUGCUUAUGCUCGCAAGAAGGGGUUACUUUGAUAAUUUUAAAAGGUAAAAUAUAUAAACCAGCAUGCAUGUAAUUAGAAAUCUCCUUCCAAGUUUUAACAAUUAUCAAACAGUGGUUAUAAUCCCUGAAAUUAUAUUGCGGGGCCUUGCAUAGUUUUGUAACAAUUACUGAUUUAUUCGUAACUACUUCUUUAGGGCUGGGGGCUUUACAUGGAGUAUAACAACUUUAUA